AUGACGAACGUAUCUCGCCUCCCUUUGAAAUUUAAGCUUGUCUUCUCCGUGCCUCCAUCUGCUCUUGCCGUUUGCAAAGAUGCUAUCUUCGCUGCUGGUGCAGGAAGGUAUCCUGGGCCAGGGAACUACUCUGAAUGCUGCUGGACUACCAUGGGAACUGGGCAAUUUCGGCCUGGAAAUUCAGCAGAUCCCCACAUUGGAAAAAUUGGGCAGUUAGAGGAGGUUCCAGAGAUAAGAGUUGAGACAAUCUGUGUAGGGGAAGAUAUUGCUAGGAAAGCAGUCGAGGCUCUGAAAAGGCAAGUUUUGACGUUGGACAUCGCGACCGAUGAUAUCUGUAAUGAUGUAUUUGGCUCUUUUGCUAAUGAGCUUCUUAGUGCUCAUCCGUAUGAAGAACCAUCGUAUAGUGUCUACAGAAUGGAAGACUUCUAA